CAGUACUACUCCGUAAAAUACUCCUCAUUGACCCAGCGUUUACAUCAAAAGGUAAAACCAAUUCCAAUUCCACUCCUUACUUUACUCUCCCAUGGCUUCUCUUUUCCUCGUCGGUUGAUUUCCACCACGCACCACUCCUCAAAAAACCCAUUCAUUUAUUGCAUCAACCCUAACAUUCAUCCAUAAAGAUGCUGCAAAAUUUCCAAGAAAAGGCGAUGGAGCGCCAUACUGUCUAGCUAGUAAUGAAGACAGAUUUCUGGGUCUUUCUCAUUUGGCUCCAAGCUCUUCGGAUCUUUACCGGGAUUUCUUGUUCCUAGAUCUGUAGGUUUGGUCUUUAGUUCUUGCUGUGUUCUAUCUGUUACAGCUUUUUCUUGUGGAAAAAAGAGAAGAUUUUUCAAGGGCUUUCUGGGGUGCCAUCACUAAGUAGUUGGAAGAUUUAAGACACGGUUUCAAUGUUUCUGAACAAGUGCUAGGGAGGAAAAGAACCUUUUUUUGGGCUUUGAGGAAGCAUGAUGUCAAUGUCCUGCAAGGAUGGUAAGACUGCUGUGGACGGCAAGUAUGUCCGCUACACGCCUGAGCAGGUUGAAGCCCUGGAGAGGGUCUACCAUGAGUGCCCCAAACCCAGUUCCCUGCGCCGUCAGCAGCUCAUUCGCGAGUGCCCCAUUCUCUGCAACAUUGAACCCAGACAAAUCAAAGUCUGGUUUCAAAAUAGGAGAUGCAGGGAGAAACAGAGGAAGGAAGCAUCCAGACUUCAAUCUGUCAACAGGAAGCUGGCAGCCAUGAACAAGCUCUUGAUGGAGGAGAAUGACAGAUUGCAGAAGCAAGUUUCGCAGCUGGUCUAUGAAAAUGGCUAUUUCCGCAAGCAAACACAUUAUACUGGGCUUGCUACAAAAGACACCAGCUGUGAAUCGGUGGUGACAAGUGGUCUGCACCAGAAGACACCUCAGCAUCCCCCAAGGGAUGCCAGUCCUGCAGGGCUUUUGUCCAUUGCAGAAGAAACUUUAACAGAGUUUCUUUCGAAGGCUACUGGAACUGCUGUCGAGUGGGUCCAAAUGCCUGGAAUGAAGCCUGGUCCGGAUUCCAUUGGAAUCAUUGCUAUUUCUCAUGGCUGCACUGGAGUUGCAGCUAGAGCUUGUGGCUUAGUUGGUCUUGAGCCUUCGAGGGUUGCAGAAAUCCUCAAGGAUCGACCUUCUUGGUUUCGAGAUUGCCGAGCUGUUGAUGUUGUAAAUGUGCUUCCCACUGCCAAUGGUGGAACUAUUGAGCUUCUAUACAUGCAGCUCUACGCACCAACCACUCUAGCGCCAGCUCGAGAUUUCUGGCUGAUGCGGUUUACUUCUGCUAUGGAAGAUGGAAGUCUUGUGGUAUGUGAAAGAUCAAUUGGAAAUGUACAAAAUGGUCCAAGCAUGCCGCCCGUGCAGAACUUUGUUAGAGCAGAAGUGUUGCCUAGUGGGUACUUGAUUAGACCAUGUGAAGGUGGAGGUUCAAUUAUCCAUCUUGUUGAUCAUAUGAACUUAGAGGCAUGGAGCGUGCCAGAAGUGUUGCGCCCAUUGUACGAGUCCUCGGCAAUGCUGUCUCAGAAGUCAACAAUGGCUGCUGUCCGUCAAUUGAGGCAGAUAGCUCAAGAAAGUUCUCAGUCAAAUGCUACAAACUGGGGACGGCGCCCUGCAGCUUUACGCGCGUUGAGUCAUAGAUUGAGCAGGGGUUUUAAUGAGGCUUCGAAUGGGUUUGCCGACGAGGGGUGGUCAAUGCUUGUUAAUGAUGGCAUGGAUGAUGUCACUGUCCUUGUUAACUCCUCACCGGACAAACUAAUUGGCUCAAACCUCAUUUACACAAAUGGAUUUACAUCAAUGAGCAGUGCAGUGUUGUGUGCAAAAGCUUCAAUGCUUCUUCAGAAUGUCCCACCUGCAGUACUUCUUAGAUUUCUAAGAGAGCAUAGGUCAGAAUGGGCAGAUAUUAAUAUUGAAGCUUAUUCCGCUGCCGCUAUUAAAGUGGGUCCUUGUAGUUUACCUGCGGCCCGCAUCUGUAACUAUGGGAGUCAAGUAACACUUCCACUGGCUCACACCAUUGAGCAUGAAGAGUUGCUGGAGGUCAUUAAAUUUGAAGGACUCGGCCAUUCUGUGGAAGAUCCAAUAAUGGCAAGGGAUUUGUUUCUGUUGCAAAUGUGCAAUGGAAUGGAUGAAAGUGCAGUUGGCACAUGCGCAGAGCUUAUAUUUGCUCCAAUUGAUGCAUCUUUUACCGAUGAUGCCCCUCUCCUCCCUUCUGGUUUUCGUAUCAUCCCUCUCGAUCUUGGAAAGGAAUCUUCGAGCCCAAACCGAACCCUAGACCUCACUUCUGCUCUUGAGACAGGGGCAGCCGAGAAUAAAAUGCUGAAUGAUCUCAAAGCUAAUAGUGGUGCCACAAGAUCUGUUAUUACCAUGGCUUUCCAGUUUGGCUUUGAAAGUCACACGCAGGAGAAUGUUGCGGCCAUGGCCAGGCAAUAUGUGCGUAGCAUUAUCUCUUCCGUUCAGAGGGUAGCCUUAGCUCUUUCUCCUCACUUGGGCUCCCAUGGUGGGCUUCGGAUGCCACUUGGCACUCCUGAAGCACAUACCAUUGCGCGCUGGAUUUGCCAAAGUUACAGGUGUUUCAUGGGUGUGGACCUCCUUAAAUCCACUGGAGAAGGAAGCCAAUCAAUUCUGAAAAGUCUCUGGAACCACUCGGAUGCCAUUGUUUGCUGCUCCGCAAAGGCAUUGCCAGUUUUCACAUUUGCAAACCAGGCUGGUCUUGACAUGCUCGAAACAACUCUGGUUUCACUUCAAAACAUAACCUUGGAAAAGAUAUUUGAUGAUCAUGGAAGAAAGAGCCUCUGCUCUGAGUUCCCACAGAUAAUGCAACAGGGGUUUGCGUGUGUCCAAGGUGGGAUAUGCACGUCGAGCAUGGGCAGGCCGGUCUCGUACGAGAGGGCAGUGGCGUGGAAAGUCGUGAACGAAGAAGAAACUCCCCAUUGCAUCUGCUUUCUGUUUCUGAAUUGGUCUUUUGUGUAAUAAGUGUGUUAAUUAAUUUCCCAGCACUCUCUGUUGCCUAACUAGUUGAGACCAAAACCUCCCAAUCCCCAGUCUGUGUAUCCCAUGAAGGAAUCAUCUUUGUCACAACACAAGAACAAACUGAUCUUCCUUAA